AUGGCGACGCCGCCUCCGGCUACGAUCGCGGCAGAAGCGGUCCCCGCGGCCGAGGGGGCACCGGCGGCAACACCUGCAUCAAUCGCGUCUUUGUACGUCGGCGAUCUAGCUGAUAGUGUCGAGGAGCCGGUGCUCAUCGAGGUCUUCAGCCAGGAUGCGCCCGUGGCGACCGUGCGUGUCUGCCGGGACAGCGUUAGCGGCGCCUCGCUCGGCUACGGCUACGUCAAUUUCCACUCGCGUCAUGACGUUGUUCGUGCACUUGAAGCUUUGAAUUUUGCUCCUUUGAAUGGAAAAAACAUUAGGCUUAUGUUCUCCAAUAGGGAUCCAAGUAUGCGGAAGAGUGGACGUGCUAAUGUGUUUGUUAAGAAUCUUGAACCUAGCAUUGACAGCAAGAGUUUGCAUGACAUGUUUUCAUCUUUUGGCACUAUACUAUCAUGCAAAGUUGCCACUGAUCCAUCCACUGGCCAGUCGAAAGGAUACGGUUUUGUGCAGUAUGAGAGUGAGGAGUCCACUCAAGAUGCAAUUAAUAAGCUUAAUGGCAUGCUAGUAGAUGGGAGAAAAAUCUUUGUGGGCCUACACAUGCGCCGUCAGAACAGAGAAGUCAAGUUCACAAAUCUAUAUAUAAAGAACUUGCCUGCUGAAUUCACCGAUGAUGAUCUGCGGCAAGAGUUUGCACCAGUUGGUGAAAUUACUAGUGUUGUGAUCAUGAGACAUUCUGAUGGUGCCUCCAAAUGUUUUGGUUUUGUAAAUUUUUAGAAAUCAGAAUAUGUUACCGAAGCACUCCAAAAGUUGAAUGACAAGUCUAUAGAUGAUAAGGUCUUGUAUGUUGGAAGGGCUCAGAAAAAAGCAGAAAGACAAGCUGAGUUGAGAGCAAAAUUUCAGCAAGAAAGAGACAGUGAGGUUGAGAAACCUCAAGGGACUAAUUUGUACUUGAAGAAUCUUGAUGAUAGUAUCAAUGAUGAGAAGCUCAAGAAGUUGUUCGAAGAAUUUGGUGAGAUAACAUCAUGCAAGGUUAUGGUUGAUUCUAGAGGAAGGAGCAAGGGUUCAGGUUUUGUGUCGUUUACCACUGCUGAAGCUGGCCAUAAUGCGAUUAAUGGAAUGAACAGUAAGAUAGUUGGAAAGAAACCACUCUAUAUUGGUUUACAUCAACCUAAAGACCAAAGAAAAGCGAUGCUAACUGCACAUUUUGCUCAACGUAGCCUAGCAAUGGCAGCUGUUUCGUACGCUACACUCCAGCCGGUUUAUUUUGGCCACCCAGCUCCUGGUCAAAUACCACUGCAAGCUACUGUCUUUGGAUUUCCACAACACUUGGUCCCUAGAAUGGGGCCUAUCACUCAAGUCAUAAUGCCACAGAAUACGCAGAGUUCAAUGCGUCAUGGCCAAAGGAUGGGUGCUCGUCAUGGAGCAACGUCACCACACAUAGGAUGA